AUGGCGUAUCCUCAGCCCUACGAUCCAUACAACUCUGGUUUUCAGCGUGAGGAAGCCAACUCUGAUUUUGCAGAGUUUACUGAAAAUUCACCCUUUGACAUUGCUAUCGCCCUGUGUCCUAACUGCAAGAAACAAUACCAAUCGUCUGAGGAGGUCAUAGAGCAUCUUAAUAGUGCAGACUCAUGCUGGCCAGAGAACCUCACUAAUGGAUCACUUCUGCCAACAGACUUAUCAGCAAAGUAUCACCCCACCUCUGGCUACCAUUACCUGCUUCCAGAUCAACCGCCUCCACAAAAUAUCUUUCAAAAAAUGCAAGACCACCCUCUUCAGCAAGCCAGAGAGACUAAUGUAUGGUACCCUUUUGAUGGGCUGGGUGAAUGGUCGCUUGCAAAAUUCCUUGUCAAAAACUUUUCCCAGAUGCAGAUUGACAAAUUUCUCAAGUUAGACUGGUUCAAGACAAGGGAACAGCUGCAAUUCAAGUCAAAAGACAAGUUGUUCUUCUAUAUGCAGCAGCUUCCUGGCCGUGGGCCAAAAUGGCAGUGCAUGAAACUUAAGCUCAAGGGCUAUGAAAGCGAACAACCAAUUCACCUCAUUUGGAGGGACACAUUGGAGGUUAUGAAGCAGCUUUUCGCAAACCCGGUUUAUGCAAAACAUAUGUGCUAUGACCCUCACUAUAUCUAUCAAGGACAAGAACACCAAUUUGGAGAAUUCUGGACAUCAGAUGAUGCAUGGAAGAUUCAGGAUCAACUACCGGAAGGAGCGACUAUUGUUCUGAUCGUCCUUGCCUCUGACAAAACUCCAGUCACAAGGCAUAUGGGUGGCCUUGAGAUGCACCCAUUAUUUCUAACGAUCGGAAAUAUCCAGGCCGAUGUCCACAUGAAGGCUACGUUGCAUGUGUGGCGAUGUACUGUGUUCAUGCCAACACCCACUUUUGUUGUCAACUCUGACUUUCAAACUCUACUCUGUAUGCAUCUGUGGCAUAAGUGCAUGGAUCUCGUAUGUUCUAAUUUGAAGGUCAUGGCUCGUGUUGGCGAGUAUAUGGUUGAUCCCUCAGCCAGAAUGUGUUACUGUUUCACCCCUCUCAUCAGCCAUAUUGCUGAUCUCCCCGAACAAUUGAUGAUCGCAUGCAUUAUGAAAAACUCAUCUCCCCUUUGUAGCCACGUUGACCCAUGGAAUCUCAUUGUAUUCGUUAGAGAGGCCAAAAAACUUCAUCUUAGUGGGCCAGAGAUUCUUCACAUGCUGCACAAAUUCUUUUUCGACCAUGUUCUUAAAUGGAUCAAGCAGAUCAUGGGUCACAAACUUGAUGUAUGGUUCAAGAGUCACCACAAGUGCACUGGUAUACACCAUUUCUCUAGGGGUGUCUCUCAUGUCAACCAAAUGACAGGACGGGAGCACCAAGAUAUUCAACGCACGAUUGUGCCGACACUCUGGGGUAUGGCAAGUCCUGGCUUCAUCCGCGCUGUGCGGGCAAUGAUUGACUUCAUCUACCUUGCUCAAAAUCCCCUUCAUACUGAAUCCAGCAUCGCUUCCAUGACUCAGGCACUUUGGGACUUCCAUAAUAAUAAACAGGCCAUCCUUGAUGCAGAGGCACAACAGGGAAAGGGUGGUGCUAAGGACGACUUCUUCAUUCCGAAACUCGAGCUCAUGCAAAGUUUCACUCGUGCAAUCUUCCAUGUUGGUACACUCAUGCAGUGGACAGCAGACAGAGACUUUGUCUUGCAGAUCGCUCGCAUCCUUGAUCGCGAGGAGGCUAUCCGGCUGUUUGAUCUUUAUACACUGCUAUCCUCGUCCUCGUCUAUGCCUGGCCAGGACCCUCUCAUCAAUGCCGUCAUCAUGGAGGAUGAAGAGAUCGCUAGCACAGAGACGGAUCCCACUCUUGCUUGGGUCUCCAAUGCAAACCCAGCCCCCCAGCUACGUCUACAAGCACCACUUACGGGAAGUGAAGUGUCCUAUCACGCCGCGACCAUUGUUACACUGCACCCUGUUCGAAAUCACUUCUUGAAGGGUAUUUUAUCAGACAACGCACAUAUCGCCUUUAACGUGACCAUAAAAGCAGACCGCAGCCGCAUCAAUGUGUCUCAGCUGCAGUCAUCAUACAACCUCCCUGAUUUUGCACACGCUUUACACCUCUACGUGACUCGCAAUGGCUGUACACUCUCUGACCACAUAUCAUUCAAUACAUGGUCCAAAUUUCGGAUUCAGUUACAUUCCACAUUUCACACUUGCAGAAUCAUGCUGAGCCACUUUCCGCUAAUUUUCCUAGAGGGAACUACGGGCGACGGUGGUAAUGAUGGGUCUUAUGUUGCUCAAGUACAAGCCAUAUUCCAACCAACCCUCCCCAGAGGUUCCCGUGCGCAGCUUCCUGAGCGUUUGUCUCAGGUGCUGGUAUACAUCCAACACUUUGACUUCAUCGUGCCUGGCCCUGAACCAUCUACGGGCAUGUGGAUGUCGGACAGAGUGAUCAGACACGUUACGCAUGCAGUGGACAUCAUACCCGUCUAUCAAGGGCCAUUGGGCAAGGACGUGAAUUCUGGGAACUCGCUGGAGGUGUUUGAUGACUAUUUCUUGAAUAAUUUCGCAGACAAAGAGCUGUACCAUUCACUAUCGGUGAUCUCAGACAACUAG